AGAGAUGAACCUAGUCUAGUUUCUGAUGGGGUAUGGUCCUCUAUAAGCAUCGUUAACCACGAUCGGACACCACCUCAGCUAUCUUGGUGUUUCGCCGAAAUACAGAAGUUGUGGAGUUAAGGCCGGCGUUAAGUUCAAUCAGGAGAUAGAUGAGGCGAAAACCGGUGUCUUAGCCGACUCCAAGAGAUAUUUGAAGUCCAGGGUCAACGUUAUCCCCUAAUAAAAGCCACGAUGAUCGCUUAGCUUUUAGGAUAGGCAGCUAGAGACGCCACGCUAUCAUUGUCCCUCGGUAUGCAGUCCAUCAAGAUUUACCAUGCGCCGUCCGGCCAAGGGCCUAAUCCCUGGAAGGUCAUCAUUUUGCUCGAAGAGCUGGGGUUGCCAUGGGAGAUCGUCUGGAUCCCGUACGGCGAGAUCAAGUCCGAACCAUACACCUCUCUGAACCCGAACGGCCGGCUUCCGGCUAUGGUCGACCCUAAUAAAAAUGUGACGCUUUGGGAGUCCGGCGCCAUCAUAAACUACCUCAUCGCCACGUAUGACAAGGAGCUCAAGCUCACGUACGGAGAUGAUAGGUUCGAGGAAAAGUGGCUUCUCCAGAGCUGGCUGAUGUUCCAGAUGAGUGGCCAGGGACCGAUGUUUGGGCAGAAGAUAUGGUUUACCCAUAUUCACGUUGAGCAGAACCUGCAGACGGCCAUAGACCGUUAUGGGAACGAGUCUAAGCGCAUCAUGGGCGUCGUAGAAGGCACUCUGCGAAAGCAGCGGGAAAAGCUAGGUCUCGCGGCCGAGGAUCCAGUUUGGCUUGUCGGCGAUAAAUGCACCUACGCGGAUCUUGCGUUCAUCCCCUGAAAUAUGGCGCUGGGAACCAUGUUCUCCGAUGGUUCCUUAGACUUCGAGAAGGAGUUUCCGGAGUACUAUCGCUGGCACCUUAACAU